GCAGCGGUGGUGCCCUGGGAGGUAGACCAGAGCUUUGGAGGAUGCUUUUGCAAGUUACACCCUCGGAGUUUCUGAUCUCCUGCAGCCUCUUCUUGCCUCGCGCUGCGCAGGCCUUGGCAGCUGAGGCCGGUUUACCCCCGUUGAGUCGUUCCUUCAUGGGCUUUGCUGCCCCCUUCACCAACAAGCGAAAGGCUUACUCGGAGCGCAGGAUCAUGGGUCCCUUGGCCUGCGAUUCCUCUUUCCCUAGGUACUCAAUGCAGGAGAUGUAUGAGGUGGUAGCCAAUGUCCAGGAGUAUCGUGAAUUUGUGCCCUGGUGUAAGAAGUCUCUGGUGGUGUCCAGCCGCAAAGGUCACCUGAAGGCUCAGUUGGAGGUUGGGUUUCCACCUAUCUUGGAGCGCUACACCUCUGCAGUUUCCAUGGUCAAACCUCACAUGGUCAAGGCUGUUUGCACUGAUGGCAAGCUCUUCAACCACUUAGAGACUAUUUGGCGAUUUAGCCCCGGUAUUCCUGCCUAUCCCCGAACCUGCACUGUGGACUUCUCGAUUUCCUUUGAAUUUCGCUCUUUGCUGCACUCCCAGCUGGCCACCAUGUUUUUUGAUGAGGUUGUCAAACAGAAUGUUGCUGCUUUCGAGCGCCGGGCAGCCACCAAGUUUGGUCCAGAAACAGCCAUCCCUCGUGAACUGAUGUUCCAUGAGGUGCACCAGACUUGAGGCAAGGGAUGGGACUGUUCCCUAGCCUCUGACUCACUCCCCUUCCAACCCAAUUCUCUUAUUUAUUUGGUUUGGCUCCUACUCUGAGAGGAGUCUGUAACACUGUUCCUCUUAAUUCCCCAGAAAUUAGGCCCUGCACUGGCUGGAAAUGCUGGGGAAAGACAGAGGUUAUGGAAACAACACAUGCCUAUGAAAGAGUCAGGUUUAUUCUAGAAGUCCAGUAUAUUUGCAGUCUGUUCACACUGUGUGGUUGUCUCUGGGCCCUGUCAGGAUACCUUAGUAUCUGACUGGGAAAAGAAUAACUUCUUGAACUCCUGAAUAAAUUUGAGCUUUUCCUCUGGCACAGAGAUAAUGGGUACUAAAUAACUUUUGCCUUGAGACUCUACAGGAAAAAACACAACUUGCCUUCAGCUUGGAAUCCACUUUGUCUCAGUUCAACAACAUCUCCAAGCUGUACAAUAUUUCUAAGCCGGGUGUGCAGGUACACUCCUCUAAUCCCAGCACUCAGGAGGCUGAGGCAGGAACAUCACUAGUGUGAGAUCAGGCUGGGCUA